AAAAAAGUAGAACUCGUCGGAUUAGUUCACAGCAGCUCUUCAAACAUGAGAUGACUCAUAACAACAAAAUGAAGACUUUCUUUGCUUUGCUCCUUCUCUGUCAUUGUUCAUGUGCAGUGAAACACUCCCUGGAAUAUUUCCUUACAACAUCUUAUGGACUCCCAGACUUUCCAGAGUUUGUGGCUAUUGUGAAGGUUGAUGGAGUUGAGAUUGGAUACUGUGACAGCCAAAUAAAGACAGCAAAAUCUAAAUAUGACUGGACAAGAGAACUCAUCAGGGACAAUCCAGACCACCUGGAGUGGUAUUCUGAAAGGUGCUUGAGACAUCAGUACUCCUUCAGAGGUUACAUUGAAAACAUCAUGCAGCGCUUAAACGAAAGUGGAGGUGUGCACAUUCUACAGAAGAUGAGUGGCUGUGAGUGGGAUGAUGAGACUGGAGAGACUGCUGGUUUUAACCAGUAUGGUUAUGAUGGAGAAGACUUCAUAGCAAUGGACAUGGAGACACUGACGUGGAUUGCUCCAAACCCUAAGGCGUUCAUGACUAAAGCCAGAUGGGAUGCAGAAAAAGCUAGAUUACAACACAAUAAAAACCACUUCAUCUACAUGUGCCCCAGCUUGCUGAAAAAGUAUUUACAGUAUGGAAGCAGCUCUCUGCAGAGAAGAGUCCGUCCCUCAGUGUCUCUCCUCCAGAAGUCUCCCUCCUCUCUGGUCAGCUGCUUCGCCACAGGUUUCUACCCUGACAGAGCUGUGAUGUUCUGGAGGAAAGAUGGAGAGGAGCUUCAUGAGGGCGUGGACCACGGAGAAAUCCUCCCCAACCAUGAUGAAACCUUCCAGAUGAGUGUUGAGCUGGACGUUUCAUCUGUGAAACCUGAAGACCGGAGGAGGUACGAGUGUGUGUUUCAGCUCUCUGGUGUGAAGGGGGACAUCGUCACCAGACUGGAUAAAUUAGUGAUCAGAAGCAAUGACCCUCCUUUUGAGUUUCCUGUUGCUCUUGUUGCUGGAGUUGCUUCGGCACUGCUGUUCGUUUCAGUCUGCAUCGCUGGACUCUGCCUCGCCAUUAAGAAAAACAAUGGAUUCCUGCCUGCUAAUCGGGUAUAGUCUUCACCAGAAGAGGAAACUAGACUCCAGUGAGUGAGGAGUCGGUAUGAUUUCCAAGACUUGGACAAACUAUUGACUGAGAGCUCAGUGCAAAAACUACUAUCUGCCUGGGCAGGAAAAGCCUUUCUUCAGGCCAUAACAGUGAAAACAAAAAGUCAAGUUCAAGAAGUGGAAUAAUGAGCCAGUGAUAACUCUGGUCAUUUGUGAACUACGCCCUGAUGUCAGUGUUCAGUGCAGCACAUUUGUGCAGGAAAUGUAAAGUCUGUAGCCUAAUAUACUCAAAUUAACUAACAUUUCAAACAUGAAGGCGCUGAAUGACAGCAGCAUAUAUUUUCCAGUGUAUUCUUAUUUUAAACUCCAUACAUAAAAAGGCAAUGCAGUGCAAUUCUUGUUUUGCAUUUCCUUUAAGUUUUCUUAGCACAGUUCAGACCAAAGACUAAUGCAACAAGACUGUUUCAGACUACAGCUGACAGCUGUCUGAGUUAGAUAAACUCAUGCUGUGAAUUAUGCUGUGAAUUUAUCACAUCUCUUUUUCUACUUUUCACAUUGAAAUCUUAGCCUGAUAAACACUCCAGUCCUCUGCACCAGAUGCUUUAAACAAGCAAAAUAAGCACUAUACCUGUUCAAAAUCAGCAUGUUAUCCAAUGUGAUCAUUUUUCAUUGAUUAUAUAUUCAGAAAUCAGUUCAGGAUGUUUAAUUUAUUCAUCUCUGUAAAGCUAGGGUCAGAUUAUAUUUAUUGUUCUCACUCACAGGUAUGAUUUCAGUGAACAGAAUACAAGUGUGUUUCAGUAAUUUUCCACUAGAUGGAAUUAACAGCUUUAGAGAAAAGUCCUUAUGUUCUUAUGUUCUUGGUGCAUCUGUGCCAGAAAGCAGCAGUUUAUAAUACACUGAGAUAAUGAAGGAAACGGUAUUAAUUCAGUCAAAUAUUUUAUCUUGUUUUUCUCUUAUUUAUUUCAAGUUUGCUGUUGUUUUUCUUAGUUCACUGUAUUUGCUGUAAUAAUGUCUUUCUUUUCCAGGCAGUUACUAUCAAUACUAUGUAGAAAAAUGUCUGGCAACAUCAGUUCUUUUUGGAGUCUACAGCUUGAAAUACUUAUUAUCAUUAUUAUUAUCAUUAUUAUUAUUAUUAUUAUUAUUAUUAUUAUUAUUAUUAUUAUUAUUACUAUUACUUGGACUUUUCCUUAUAAAACAGUGUAAAAUCCUCAUUUUCUGUUCUACUGUUAACUUUGAACCUGAACUAGCUAAGGCUUCAUGCUUUUGGUCCAGUUGAGUUUUCCAGCUAAUUAACAGGGGGUGGGGGGUGUAUUACUCAUUACCAGUAGCAGCUACUGUGAGUCUGACAGUUUGGGAAGAAACUUCAGUGUUACCUUACACCGUGUUUGUGCUUGUCCUCCAAAUGGUCCAAAAACACAGCAUUCAAUUUAAUAUGGGUAAACCUGGGUAGGAGUUUUGACUCAUUUGACCCUGAUGUCUAAGUCAGUUGAAGUUUUUUGGGUGAUAAAUGUUGCUCUGUUAUUUGGAGGCCAUGUAUCCACAAAGUUAGCAAAAACUGGUGAAGUGUUUUUUGUGAGCUGUCUUACAAAGUGUCCCUUGUGUCAUGUUUUAUCCUGUUUUUGUAUAGUCAUGGAUGAAAGC